UUUACUCCUCUGCUGCGUUUGCGUUCCUUCCUCGACUCCUCCAAAAUCCCUCCAAUUCACUGACACACCACCGAGAGAUCCAAGGAGUUUGGGAAAGAACCCACAACUCUCAAACAAAGUUUUCUCACAGAAAUCUUCUUCUUCUUCGAGUUCUAACUUCUAUCAGUCAUGGCAGGUGUGGUACCAGAAGGAUCCCAAUUUGAUGCUCGCCAGUAUGAUGCCAAAAUGAAUGAGUUACUUGGCAGUGAUGGAUCAGACUUCUUCACAUCCUAUGAUGAGGUUUUUGAGAGUUUUGAUGCUAUGGGAUUGCAGGAGAACCUCCUUAGAGGCAUCUAUGCUUAUGGUUUUGAGAAGCCCUCGGCAAUUCAGCAAAGAGGAAUUGUUCCCUUUUGCAAAGGACUUGAUGUGAUUCAACAAGCACAGUCUGGAACUGGAAAAACAGCCACUUUCUGCUCUGGAAUUCUUCAGCAGCUUGAUUAUGGGUUAGUUGAAUGCCAGGCGUUGGUUCUUGCACCCACUCGAGAACUUGCUCAGCAGAUUGAAAAGGUUAUGCGCGCUCUAGGUGAUUAUCUUGGUGUCAAGGUUCAUGCAUGUGUUGGUGGCACUAGCGUUCGUGAAGAUCAGCGUAUUCUUUCCAGUGGAGUGCACGUUGUUGUUGGUACUCCCGGUCGUGUCUUCGACAUGUUGCGGAGACAGUCACUUCGUCCAGAUUACAUUAAGAUGUUUGUUCUGGAUGAAGCAGAUGAAAUGCUUUCACGAGGUUUCAAGGAUCAGGUUUUUAACUUUCUUUUGAUCCUUUUUCCCCUUCUAUUCCUCGUACUAGUUGCUAUAAAUUUGAUUGUUUUCCUAGAUGUGUGUUUUAUGUGCUUGGGGAUUAUAUUUUGGGUUAAUGUUUUAUGGGAAGAUAUCUACUGACUAC